UCUAAUUUCGUCGAUUUAGCAUAAUUGGAAACGUCGGCGCAUGUCCGUUUGAUCUGUUGUUUAAUAAUAUGGCAACUCGAGUGUCGAAGCACAUUUCUCAUGUAAAGUUGCGGUUUUUUGUUAGUCUUUAUUUAUAACAUUGAAUCAGUGCCCUAAAGUUGUAUCUUGUAACGUUUUACAAAUAAAAGAUCAAAAUGUCGUUGACUGCGGUAAACGGUACCCCUAAACAACCCCAAAGAAAUGGAGAGUCGCAAGAGAUCGAGGAAGAAGAAGAAGAAGACACUAUACAUUUGGAAUAUUUUGAUGAGGCCCUUCAAGUCCAUUUGCUGAAAUCGUUGAACAUGAUGAGAAAAAACCGCCAUUUCUGUGAUGUUAUACUAUACGUUGGUAAUACUGAAUUACACGCUCAUCGGUCCGUGCUGGCCAGCGUUUCCCCAUACCUGUUCGAAUUGUUCUCGGCUGAUCAAGAACAAAAACGAACCGAAAACGUGAUCACCUACAAAUUAAACGGAGGUUUCAAUACGAGUGCUUUACAAAUUUUAAUUGAUUACGCCUACACCGGUAAAUUACAAGUGACUUACAAAAAUGUUAAAGCCGUUUUCUUAUGCGCGAAUAACUUGAAAAUGGAAAGAGUUACGAAAAUUUGCGGACAACAUCUCAUGAAACACCUUUCCGUUGAGAAUUGUAUCGAAAUUAGAUCUUUACCGGGUAUAGCGAGAAAUAAAGAAUUCAUUCAACAAGUUGAUACGUAUAUUGCGAAAGAGUUUCCAGCCAUUUGCAAAACAAGCAACAUCUUAAACUUAAAUUGCGCUCGUAUCGAAGUACUCAAUCAAUCCAAAGAAGAAAUGUCUUUGGUAAACCAAAAUUCCUUAUGCAGAUUAGUAUUGGAAUGGGUGAAAAGGCAAUUGAGUGAAGAGAGUCUCAAAUUUUCCGAUCUCAUGGAAAAAACUUUCAUGUUGUAUCUCGCUUUAGAUAAUUCCCUUCAGGAUUGUUCGAGUUUACCUUCAGGCGACAUCAGCGACACCGAAAUGGUGCAGGAUUAUAAAAAACUCUCCCUAAAAGUCAAACAGGGAGUGAGUAAACCUAAGAGGAAAGUAUUGGGACAACCGUUGAAACCUCGGGUAUUAAUUUACAAUCGAGAAAUCGGGGAAGAAUUGGAAAACGAAUUAGAACCCGAUUGGAAUCUUAUAGGUGUCACUAGCGUCGGGGAACACAGUUUUUUAGCUCUAAUGACUUUGGGAGGGAAAUUGUCGACUCUGUCAGUACAACUCAAGUUGAAUACACCUUCUACGCCGUCUCCGGUAUUAACGCCGGACGUAAGUAGAUCGACUAGCGAAGAAAAACCGGAUUUGUAUUGCGCAAUAGCGAAUAUGUCGUGUCACAGAUGCGCACUCGGGUGCGGUAAUUUCAAUAAUACUUUGAUCGUUUGCGGGGGCUACGAUCGAACGGAAUGUUUAAAAUCCGUCGAACAAUACAUACCGGAAACGAACACAUGGAAAACCCUUCCUCAAAUGAGGGAAAACAGAGGGCGCUUCAAAAUCGCCGUCCUCGACGACAAAAUCUACGCCAUCGGCGGCAGCAACGGCACAACGGAAUUAGAUUCAGUCGAAAUGCUCGACAUGUCUAUAGGUAAAUGGGUAAAAAUGCCCAAAAUGCCUUUAGCGCGAAGCAAUAUGGGCGUUUGUACGCUCGACAAAAAAAUAUAUUGCAUAGGGGGAUGGAACGGACAAGUCGGUAUCAAACAAUGCCACGUAUACGACCCCGAAACGGCCGCUUGGACGCCGAUCGCAAAUUUAAACGCCGGACGAUACCAAGCCGGUGUGACCGCUUACAAUAACUUGGUGUACGCCAUAGGGGGUUCGGACGCUUGGAAUUGUCUUUCCUCCGUGGAGUAUUACAACCCUGAAGAUGAUACGUGGAACAUAUCGAAACCUAUAAUAACAGCUAGAAGAGGUUGCGGUUUAUCGGUGUUUAAUAACAAAUUGUACGUGAUCGGCGGUUCGGAUGGUUCGCAUUCUUUGAAUACCACGGAAAUAUUCGACGAGGAGACGCAGACUUGGUCCUUCGGACCUUGUAUGACUACACCGAGGGCUAAUAUGGAAGUGGCGGUUGUCGGGGAUCGGUUAUACGCCGUCGGAGGGUUUUCAGGGAAAACCUUUUUGAAUACCAUCGAAUAUUUGGACGAGAAAAGUAACGAAUGGACGACGUUCGUACCGAAAGGUAGUUGCGAAAUGUUGGCUAGAAGGAAACCCAGGAGUCGCAGGAAUUCGAGGAAGAGCGUUUCGGAGGAUAAAAAAUCGAUUAGUUCUCCUCCUUCGGAUAUUAUGGAAAUUAACGUGACGAAUCAGGAUAAAAGGAUCGAAGAUAAUCUAUAAGGAUGUUUUUUUUUAUUUUUAUUAUUUUUUUUUUGGUAAAUAAUGUCGUAUAUAAAUCUUGAAUCACACUAUUAUAUAUAAAUAUAUAUGAUAGGGGUUUGUAUUAUCCGAAAUAAGUAUUAUAUUCGUGUUGUACUGAA